AUGGACUUGUUGACGGAAGGGCAGGUACGGCUGGUCGUUGGAAUUCUGUACUACUUGUGGCUGGCAAGGAAUUCAGCGCUAUGGGAAAGGAGUUUGCCACGACCUGCAUCAACAGUGAAGAGGGCAGUACUGACCGAGGAAGCCUUCACCAAACUCGGACGAGUAACAUACCACCCGCAUGCCGCUGUGAUGCCGGAGACCGAACCACAUGGGCUCAGGUGUUAUUUCGACGCGGGCUACAGACAACACACGGGGGAAGCGACGUACGGAGUUGUGCUGCUCAAUCACGAAGGUGUUUUUAUGGCAGCCACGGCGGGGACACUACCUGGUGCUUUUUCACCUAUUAUGGCAGAAGCUCUAGCGUGCAAGGAAGCACUAUCAUGGCUUAAAGGGCGCGAUAUACAGAGGAUUGAUCUACUCACAGAUUGCAUGGAGUUGAGAAGCAUGAUAAUAUCAAGAGAUACCGGAACUCAAUCUUAUGUUGGGGUCAUUGCGGACCAGUGCAGGACAACUAUGUCGUUAUUUAAUUAUUGUUCUUUACAUUACAUUUCCAGAGCUGUUAAUAUGCAUGCUCAUACACUAGCUUCGUUAGCUUUCGAUCAGGAUCAUCCUAUGUACUGGGAUGUAAUCCCACCUGACUCUAUUACUAUGUUCGUUCAUUAA